UCCAUCACAAUAAAAAUAGUAGCCAGUAGCGCCGCGGGGCUGAGUUCCGAGCAGCACAAUCCAAUACGUUCCGCCGUCAGAACAUCUCAGCCCACAUCCCUCCCUCUGCCUCUCAGCUACUUUUAAGCUCAGCCCAGCAAUUCUCUCUGGUUGGGCUCUGUGUCCUUUAUAGUUUAUAACUACCACGUGUACUCUGCUCCCCCUUCUGAGCCUCCAGCGGCAAUAACUCCCAGCAUUUACAGUACACUCUCCCGGAGGAAGACGUGACAUUGUUUUCCCAUUUCUGAAUCAUUCUUGAAUAGAGGAAAUCGAACUUUUCCUUGUUUUUGAUGGCUUAGCUGAGGAGGAGAGUCAGGAAAGUGGAGAUCGAUGUUGAUUGAGGAGUAUAAUCAUUAACUACCCAUUAGGCCGAUGCGCAUAGAGAUGCAAGUUUGGGUUCAUCCGAAGUGUCUCCUUCUCUUCAUUGUCUUCAUAAUUUUACUUGUUUUCACUGUGUUUACCACUAAAAAGGAUGAAGAGAAGGCAGAAGAGGUAUAUGAGAUCACCCAUAGAGUAUACUUGGAUGUUGAUAUUGAGGAACAACGUUUAGGUAGAAUUGUUAUUGGAUUAUAUGGCCAGGUUGUACCAAAAACCGUAGAAAAUUUCAGGGCUUUGUGCACAGGAGAGAAGGGAAAAGGUCAAAGUGGGAAAGUUCUUCACUACAAGGGAACACCAAUUCAUCGUAUAGUACCUGGAUUUAUGAUUCAAGGUGGUGACAUAGUUUAUGGUGAUGGGAAGGGCGGCGAUUCUAUAUAUGGUGGCACUUUUCCUGAUGAGAAUUUUAAGAUAAAGCAUUCACAUGCAGGCGUCGUUUCCAUGGUGAAUUCAGGACCAGAUUCAAAUGGCUCACAGUUUUUUAUCACCACAGUAAAGGCCAGCUGGUUGGAUGGAGAACAUGUUGUCUUUGGCAAGGUUAUUCAAGGAAUGGAUACUGUUUAUGCAAUUGAAGGAGGUGCAGGGACCUACAGUGGAAAACCCAGAAAGAAAGUAGUUAUCGCCGACUCCGGUGAGAUACACAAGAGCAAGUGGGAUGAAGAGAGAUGAAGCUUCUCAUUAAGUUAACAAUGGCAAAUCUUUUCCAUUUUGGGUUUGCUAAUUUAAUUUAUAGAUAAUUCACUUGUGUUGCUUUUGUAUAAUGGUCUUGAAUUUUCAUAGCUCCUUAUUUAUAUCAUAGGCUUUUCCAGGAAAUAUUCUUUUCUUUUUCCCCUUUUCUUUUCUAUCUUUCCUUCAUCUCUUCUGGUGUUUGACAACUGUUAUUAAUUAAUACAGAACUUGCUAAUUAUUUAACAA